AUGGAUACGAAGGUCAACUUUUCAGAUGCUGAAUUAUAUGACGCAAUCUUGAUAGAAGACCUGGCGCGUAUUAACGAUUUUAUCCAAAAACGGGGGUCCAACUUUUACAUCGAUUUAAGAACAACGGGACUUCUUCAUGAAAUCCUUUCAAAGGGCUUGGCAAUUCUCCCCCUCCACCUGGCUGCAUCUUACAGGAGAGUGAAGAGCCUUGAGAGCCUUCUCUCUGCCGGGGCAGACCCGGAGAUCAGGGACCAGCGAGGUCGCAACGCCCUGCACCUGGUGAUCACCCACUGGCCCACCAUCCUGGCCUCCUGGCCCAAGCCACGCACCAAGUUUGAGACGGCCAUGAUGUCCAUGCAGCACCGGGCCGAGGCCUGCCUCAGGGUGCUCUGCAACCACGGAGUCAACAUCAACGCAGAGGUGGACAGUGACGGCCGCCACACCGCGCUUCAUCUGGCCGUUCGCUACGGAGCCCUGCCCGCUAUCAGCAUCCUGGCGAGCCACGGCGCCAAAAUCAACACCAUCGACCACUUUGGGAUGAUGCCACUGCAUAUGGCUGCCGGGAUCCUCAAUACAGAAAUGACAGCCAGCCUGAUCAAGCUUGGGGCCGACGUCAACAAGGUGAUGAGUAAGUCAGGUAACAGCCCCCUCCACCUGGCUGCCCUGGCGGCGACCAACAAGCCAGUGAAGGCCCUGGGAGUGGACCUGGGCUGUAUCAUUGAGCUGCUGGAUCAGGGGGCUGACCCGAACACAGUGAACCAUGCCGGACGCACGGCCCUGCACGAGGCCUGUAACGGGGGCCACGAGGCCGUGGUGGUGCUCCUCCUGAAGUAUGGAGCGGACAUCAACCAGCUGACAACCGCAGGGGAAAACUGCCUCUUCCUGUACCUGGAUCAGAAGCUCAACCUGAGGCACACCUCUCUGCUGUGGAAGCUCCUCACCAUGACCUACCCCCUGACCAUCAGCAACAGAGAUGGCCACCUGCCCAGCUCUUUAAUGCUCCCAGAGUACUUUGACCAGCGGGACCAGCUACUGAACCUGUGUCAGCAGCCUAGGAGCCUCAUGGACAUAUGUAAGAUCCACAUCUACCAACGCUAUUGGAAGAGUCAUGGUAGAGAAUGCCUGAAGCAGGUACUACCAGACAGGGUGCAUGACUUUGUGUUUAACCAUUGGGAAAACGCAUGUGAUGUCAUGUUUGUUAAGGAGGGUGAUGACAUCCCACCUCGGUUCCCCCGCUUUCCCAAUAUGGAGGACUUCACCAUGCCUCAAGGAGUCUAACU